CUCGACCUUGUAUCGGGCCAUGUAUACAAAUUUUUCCAAAUUUUCAGUGAAAUUUCUUGAUUUUUUAGGUUUUCAUCGGAAGGUAUAUCAAGCUCUUUCUUGUUGAUCAUGUCUACAGACAAUGCUGUGCUGGACAAACUGAAACUGCGAGCAGACCAAGCAGAUCAGAUUAUCGUGAGGCUGAGAAGCCAGCUGGAGAAUGUCCGCAAGUCUCAUGCUAGAAACCUUUGCCGCCAAGAAGAAGAGAAAAUAAAAGUUGAAAAUUCGAAAUUACGCGAUGAAGUUGAAGGCUUGAAGCAGCGACUUACAAAUCUGGAAUACAGAAAUGGAGAGAAACAGAUCCCAAUGCCGUCCGGAUCAUCACCAGCCACUCCCAUCGCUCAGUAUACCAAAACUCCACCUGUUAUGGACAAGAAGAACCUUGAGCAAAGCAAUGGAAGUUCGGCUAAGGCGAGUAAGAAGACAAAAGAACCGAAGCCACAGAAAGAUGGAGGCAAGAAAACUGCUGGUGCUGAUGACGACAAACCUAUCGAUGUUUCAAGGUUGAAUCUGAAGGUCGGGGAAAUCAUUGACGUGAAACCGCACCCAGAUGCUGAUACGCUCUACAUGGAAACAGUCAAUGUCGGAGAAGAGAAACCAAGGACGAUUCUUAGUGGUCUUGUCAAACAUAUACCUAUAGAACAGAUGCGAAACAGAAAGGCUAUUUUCAUGUGCAAUCUAAAACCAGCCAAGAUGCGAGGUAUCAUGUCUGAGGGUAUGAUCAUGUGUGCUAGUACUCCAGAAAAGGUGGAGAUCUUAGAUGUGCCUGAGGGCUGUGUUCCUGGAGAUAGAGUGACAUUCGAGAGCUUCCCAGGUGAACCAGAUGCAAUGCUCAACCCGAAGAAAAAGAUCUGGGAACAAGUGGCCCCGGACCUGAAGGUCGAUGAAAAUAGUGUUGCGACGUACAAGGGAGCACCAUUCACCAUCGCAGGGAAAGGAAUAUGUGUAGCGCCGUCUCUAAAAAAUGUCCAGAUAAAAUAGGAAAUGUGCUACUUUCAAUGGAAUUGUCUUUCAAAAUUAUUAAUGAGAAAUAUAUUAUGAUAUAAACCCUA